AUGCCCAUGCGCGAGAAACCCUGCGCCAGCUCGCCCAGGUUCAGCGCGGACAGGACCUCCAUGAUCCGGCUGAGGAGGAGGAGGAGGAGGUGGAGGAUGAGGAGGAUGAGGAGGAAGAGGAGGCGCUGUGUUCACCCGUGCUCCGUGGUCCCCCCUGCACACACGCUCUCUCAGACCCGGUCACAGACGCUCGGGCUCGGGCUGGAGGUGUCGCUGCUGCCGCGUCGCUCCUCCAGAGGCGAAUGA